AGUGCCCGCCCGGCAGGCCGUCGUGUCACUCACGCUGCGAGAGUCGCUCGCCGGGCCUGGGGGACUAGCAGGCUCUCGGGCCCGCCCCCGAAGACGUGGAGUGCUGUGGCGGCCGGUGAGUGGAGGAGGGGACCUCGGACCCCCUCGCUCUCGGCAGCGCAGAGCCUGGCAAGUUUGUCAAAGAUGAAAGCGAACUUGUCAGCUCUGGAUACUCAUGAGAGCUCUUUCACGCCUCUGGUUGUCAUAGAACUUGCUCAGGAUGUCAAGGAAGAAACCAAAGAAUGGCUGAAAAACAGGAUUAUCAGUAGAAAGAAAGAUGGAGGUGCUCAGCUGUUGUUUAGACCGUUGUUAAAUAAAUAUGAGAAAGAAACACUAGAAAAUCAGAACUUAUAUCUUGUCGGUGCCUCCAGGAUUAGAUUGUUACUGGGAGCAGAAGCGGUGGGAUUGGUGAAAGAGUGCAGUGAUAACACCAUGAGAGCCUUCACGUAUGGAACCCGACACAACUUCAAAGGUUUUGAUGAUGAUAAUGAUGAUUUCCUCACCAUGGCAGAAUGUCAAUUCAUUAUCAAACAUGAACUUGAAAGUCUUAGAGCCAGAGAUGAAAAAAUGAUCCCUGGUUACCCCCAGGCAAAGUUGUACCCAGGAAAAUCAUUAUUGAGGAGGCUGCUCACAUCUGGCAUCGUGAUUCAGGUGUUUCCACUGCAUGACAAUGAAGCCCUGAAGAAGCUGGAGGACACCUGGUAUACUCGGUUUACCUUAAAGUAUCAGCCUAUAGAUAGUAUUCGUGGCUACUUUGGAGAAACAAUCGCUCUUUACUUUGGAUUUUUGGAAUAUUUCACUUUUGCCUUAAUCCCUGUGGCGGUCCUUGGGCUACCUUACUACCUGUUUGUGUGGGAAAACUAUGACAAGUAUGUGGUCUUCGCCUCAUUCAACCUGAUCUGGUCCACAGUGAUCCUGGAAGUGUGGAAGCGCGGCUGUGCCAGUAUGACCUACAGGUGGGGGACCCUGGUCAUGAAGAGACAGUUUGAGGAGCCCCGGCCGGGAUAUCAUGGGGUCCUGGGUAUCAAUUCCGUCACCGGCAGGGAGGAACCACUGUACCCCAGCUACAAGAGACAGUUGCGCAUUUACCUGGUCUCCCUGCCGUUUGUGUGCCUCUGUCUCUAUUUCUCUCUGUUUGUCAUGAUGAUUUACUUUGACAUGGAGGCCUGGGCCUUGGAUCUACACGAGAACAGCAGGUCCGAGUGGACCAGUAUCUUGUUGUAUGUGCCCAGCAUCAUCUAUGCCAUCGUGAUUGAGAUCAUGAACCGCCUCUAUCGAUAUGCUGCCGAGUUUUUAACUUCAUGGGAGAAUCACAGAUUGGAAUCUGCCUACCAGAAUCACCUAAUUCUGAAAGUGUUAGUGUUCAACUUUUUAAAUUGCUUUGCCUCACUCUUCUACAUUGCCUUUGUCCUGAGCGAUAUGAAACUUCUGCGUCAGAGCUUGGCUACUCUCCUGAUUACCUCCCAGAUCUUUAACCAAAUUGUAGAAUCUCUUCUUCCUUACUGGCUCCAAAAGAAGCAGCAUGUGAAGGUAAAGAAGAAGGUGCAGGCUUUAAAGGCAGACAUCGAUGCUACAUUAUAUGAACAGGUCGUUCUGGAAAAGGAAAUGGGAACUUACUUGGGCACCUUUGAUGAUUACUUGGAGUUAUUCCUGCAGUUUGGUUAUGUGAGCCUUUUCUCCUGUGUUUACCCACUGGCAGCUGCCUUCGCUGUGCUAAAUAAUCUCACCGAAGUUAAUUCAGAUGCCUUAAAAAUGUGCAGGGUCUUCAAACGCCCAUUCUCAGAACCUUCAGCCAGUAUUGGUGUAUGGCAGUUGGCUUUUGAAACAAUGAGUGUUAUAUCUGUGGUCACUAACUGUGCUCUGAUUGGAAUGUCACCACAAGUGAAUGCACUCUUUCCAGAGUCAAAAGCCGACCUCAUUUUGAUCGUAGUAGCAGUGGAGCACGCACUCCUGGCUUUGAAGUUCAUCCUUGCAUUUGCCAUACCCGAUAAGCCUCGGCAUAUCCAGAUGAAACUGGCCAGGUUGGAAUUUGAAUCUUUGGAGGCACUCAAGCAGCAGAAUCCUUCAGCAUCUCCACGUUCCUCAAGAGAAUCCUGGCCCCUCGCCAUGGCUGUGUUUCAGCCUGAUCUCCCUGCUCAAGCCCGUCUGUCCAGCCUCACGGAACUGCACUCUGAUCCCAGCACACCCCUGUCCUGUUGCCUUCGCAUGUUCUCUUUACUCUGCUGGUUCCCUGCGUCCCCUCGUCUUCCUGGCAACACCUCCUCCUCUUUGAAGACUCAUAGGUCACCACCGCGGGGAGGCUGCCCUUCGUGGGCACGGGUCCCGCCCCCUUGUGCUCUCUGGUUUACAUACCUGUGUCCUGAAUUGGCCACAGCCAGAGUGUGGCUCAUCUGUGUUUGCUUAGUACCCAGCUUGUCGUGGGUGUGCCUUAGAGAGCGACCUGGUGAUCACGUGUUUGCAUUCUCUAUUCCCAAAGAAGGUGAUGCCAUUAUCUUAGUGAAAGCUCCUGAGGGACAGGCCCUGUCCCUGGGAGUCAGAGGAGAGUGGGCUUGGGAGAGAAACAUUUUAUUUGGAGUUAGAACCCCUGCAGUCAGUUUGGCAUGCUCCUUGGGUCAAGUGACCUUAACCAGCCUUCUAGGAGUUUAUGAUGCUGAGGCCUGGGUUCUGGUCUGAGCUCUGGGUGGAGAACCUGUGCAAGCUUUGGCGAGUCUCCCAACUGUGGCUUCUGUGUCCCCGUCACUAAACUGAUGGCUGGACCAUGCGAUCCCUCAGGUGCCCCCGUUGCCACCGAGCACAUCCUCUCAUGGA